AAUGAAUGUCUCGGAGAUGCUGUCAGUGUGUUCACACACACACACACACACACACACUAACGUCCGUGGAUCUUAUAGUGAAGAAGCACUAAUUCAGCGAGGAGGAUCACAAUGGUCGGGAUCCCGGGCGCGUUUCAAUACUGCACAGAGAAGAACGUUCCUGCCAUGCCCGGUUCCCCAGUGGAUGGAAAGACUCAUUCCAGACCGACCGUCUCCGUCAUGCCCCCUCUGCCCUCCGUCAACCCCAGCGGACCUCGACCGGCUGCCUUCUCCACCACAGCAUUGACCAAUGGGAUCAAUCACUCUCCGCCGAUGCUCAACGCCAUUCCCUCGCCGCCUCAGCGCUACAGCAACGGCCCUUCGUCCUCGUCCUCCUCCUCUCUGGCCAAUCAGCAGCUCCCGGCGACCUGCGGCGCUCGCCAGCUCAGCAAACUCAAGCGCUUCCUCACCACGCUGCAGCAGUUCGGCAACGACAUCUCGCCCGAGAUCGGAGAGAGCGUCCGGAGCCUGGUGCUGGCGCUGGUGAACUCCACCGUCACCAUCGAAGAGUUUCACUCCAGACUGCAAGAAGCUACCAACUUCCCCUUGAGGCCGUUCGUCAUCCCCUUCCUGAAGGCCAAUCUGCCCUUACUGCAGAGGGAGCUCUUGCACUGCGCUCGAGCCGCCAAACAGACUCCGGCACAGUAUCUGUCCCAACACGAACACCUCCUGCUCAGCACCACCGUCCCGUCGCCCGCCGACUCCACCGAACUACUGCUGGAGCCCAACGAGAGCAGCAAACGACACAGCCCUAACAGAAGUAAAGAGAAUGGAUUUCACGAGCGUCCUCCCGCCUCCCUGGAGCCACCGGCCAAACGAAUCUGCACCAUUAGCCGCCCCAGACACAGCCCCGCCCACCCGCUGCAGCUCGCCCAGAUCCACCCGACUCCGCCCCCUCUGCAGCACUACGCACUGGACGACAUCAGCACGCCUCACCUGUACAGAGAGCCUCACCGGAUCCUGGAGCUCAGAGAGCUGAAGGAGCGCCCGCGGCUCACAGGGAGUAACGGGGGCUACCGUGAGGAACCUGUGGACCACAGACUGACCGACAGAGAGUGGGCUGAAGAAUGGAGACAUCUCGAUCACGUUCUGAACUGUAUCGUGGAUAUGGUGGAGAAGACGCGGCGCUCUGUGAGCGUUCUGCGGCGCUGUCAGGAGUCCGACCGCGAGGAGCUCAAUUACUGGAGGAGACGCUCCAACCCACACGAGGACGGGCGCAAGAACGGCUCGACCACGGCCAACGUCCCCUACAGCAAGACACACAGCCCUCUGUCGGCGGAGGGAGUCAACUCGGACUCUCAGAGGGACCUUCCCCUGCGCGCCGGCUCUGGCUACGUGCCUGAUGAGAUAUGGAGGAAAGCCGAGGAAGCGGUGAACGAGGUGAAGCGCCAGGCCAUGGACGAGGUGCAGAAGGCCGUGGCCGAGGCCGAGCAGAAAGCCUUCGAGAUGAUCACCGCCGAGAGAGCCAAGAUGGAGAAAACCCUCGCCGAGGCCAAGAGGAAAGCCACCGAAGACGCCAUACAGGUCAUCAAUGAGCAGGAGGACUCCAGCGAGUGCUGCUGGAACUGCGGGAGGAAGGCGAGCGAGACGUGCAGCGGCUGUAAUGCAGCACGUUACUGCGGCUCUUUCUGUCAACACAAAGACUGGGAGAGACACCAUCUCAUCUGCAGCCCGGGGCUCCAGACGCAGCCCAAGUCCAUGCCACGCGUCCCGGCCAAAGCCCCGGAGAGCGGCCCCGUCCUGAGCCCGGGCCUGGAGAAGAGCUCCAGAGCGUCCACCCCGGCCACCCCGGCCUCGUCCUCCUCCACGCCGGACGCCGCCGGACACUGAGAGAGACAGGAGACCGGCGCCGGACGCCAUGGGAGCGACUCAGCUCGCUUAUUUGGUGCAAAUGUGAUCGGUUUUACCCGCACAAACUGUUGUCAGUGUUUCGUGGGCGUUUGUGUGUGUGUGUGUGUGUGUGUGUGUGUGUGUAAAUACAAUAUCAGAGCAAUAUAAAAGUGAUGGAUUCACCAAAGCUGUCGAUGCUGUGACAUGUUCAUGUAAUUAUCUGAUUAUAUUAUCAAUGGAGAAUGAGUGUGUGUGUGUGUGUGUGUGUGUGUGUGUGUGUUGGAAGACAAACCCUGGUCUGAAGGGACCAGUUUUGAUCAGGGUCCAGAUGUACAAUCAUCAGCUUCCAGUACAGAUUAAGGUCACGAACCGGUCAGUUUCUUGCGUCCACAAUUAAAACUCUGCAAUCUCAGGAGGAUGUUACGUGUAUAUACUUUUAUUUUCCGUUCCCCGUGUAGAGUCGAGGUUUCUUUUCUCCAGCUACCUUCAUUUCGUACGGCACACCGCGAGUCGAUUUAUUUUUUCAUUUUAAGAAUGUGUAAAAUAUAACGGCGUAAGAGAAUCUUUAUUUUGUGAGCUACUUUGUGACGGUCGUUUCUUUUCUUCGAGAAUUCUUGAAUAUUGCUAUGAAGUAGAUAUUAAAAAAAUAAAGACAUUAACGUGA